CGCCGCAGCGAGGAAUGCCACGUGUGCGCCAGCCGCAGCUGCCGCCACACACAAAGAGCGCUGCAGCCGCCGUCACAGUCGGUGUCCCCUCCCGACCUGCCUCGCGCGACCGCGGCGUGUCGCACAGUGUGCAUCCUGUACGUGCGGAGGCAGUGAAAUAUCCUCUGGGAGUGAUCGUUCAAAUCUACACUGCUUCUGAAACGAACUAGAAAAUGUAUACACUUCUGACAAGGGAGCAGCGUGAGGUGGAAGAAAAUAACAAUGAUAGCAAAGACAAGGACACCAACGACGAGGACGUUGAUGGGUACGACAGCAACAAUAGCAACGAGUACCGACACGAAGGGGGCAACAAUGAAGAUGAGGACAAUCAGGACCCACUGCUGGAUGUCAGAAUGGGAAGGGAGCACAAGAAGAGACAACCAUGGCACAUGUUCCUGCUUCUGGCUCUUGUGAAAAUUCCCUCUGCCUGGCAAAUGGCCAGCGUUCUCGUGAUUGGUCCAGAUAAACGUCCUGGAACUUACUGGUGUAGUUCAGGACAACUUUCACCUGAGGAUAUACUGAAAGACCCAUGCAGCACCUAUUUAAUAUCUGACAUGUUGCCAAUCAGCACAGUAAAUUUUACAGAAAAUGUAGAAGAUUCACCCUGUGGAUAUACUGAGUUUCCUGUGGAUCAUUACCACACAUUCAGUCAGGAUCCAAUGAAUAGUUCACUUGGUGGUGUGCAUAACUUGACUAAUACGAGGCAGACUACUCCUUCAUACUUUUCUAAGAAUGAAGACAUAGUAUUCUAUGACAAACCAGGUAUACCCAGUGAUAACUACAAUAUUACUGAUCAGGGAACAAGAAGACAACCAUGCAAAUCCAAUAUAGACUCAAAUGCAACAUUAAUGUCAUCUCUUGAAGCCCGUGAUGGCAAACUGACAGCAGCCUGUGAGCAUUUUGAAUUUUCUGAUGGCUUCUACAGCAUAAUUGAUCAGUGGCAGCUUGUAUGUAAAAGGAAGAUGUUGGUACCAACUUCUCAGUUAUUUUACCUGCUGGGAGUUUUGUUUGGCGGAAUCCUUUUUAAAUAUUUAAGCCAAGUAUGGUCACCUCGUCUGAUUCUCAUUGGAGGAAUGAUAGUACAAAUUAUUUCUGGUGUUGGUGUUGCAGUUUCUCCAUAUUUCACUCUACAUUGUGCACUCCGCUUUGUCACUGCUCUUGCUUGCACACAAAUGUUCACUGCUGGCUACAACAUCUGCACAUCAUUAAUGGAAGGGAAAGCAAGAACAGUGGCUGGAUGUUGUUAUGAACAUCUUUGGUCUGUUGGUGUCAUAACACUAGCAUGUAUUGCAAGCCUUUGUAGAGACUGGCGUCAUUUGCAGCUUGCUAUCUCAUUACCAACUGUUCUCAUUCUCGUACUCUUCAGAUACAUCCCAGAAAGUCCUGAAUGGAAGCCUAAGAAGAAACUAAGGAAGAAGAAACAAAUACCAUUUGAAGAUGGAGGCCUGAAAACAGAUAAAACUGCUAAUGAAAUACAUGCAAAUUUAGGAGGAAGAGUGGAGAAAAUUAAGGCUCCACACCAGUCUCUGCAUAAGGAAUCAACACAGAAGGUUAAGUACAUUGGUCUUCAUGCUGCAUGGGCCUUCACUGUUGUAACAUACUAUGGAGGUUUAUUGAACACAAAAAAUUUAGGUCCUGAGUUGUUUCUUAAUAUAGCCACAGCUGGUGUAGCUGAAGUUGCAGGAGCGCUCACAGCACUUAUAAUUCUAUUAAGGAAGUCUAGGAUAUGGCUGUCACUGGGAAUCAUUAAUAUAGCCGGUGGACUGUGUUGCUUUUUGACAUGGGCCUUACCAGAAGAUUUACAACAGUGGUACCCAUACCUGUUGUUUCUGGCUAUGAUGGGAAGAAUUGCUAUAGCCUGUUCUCUCACAAUCUUAACAGUGGCCUCAGGAAAUCAGUUCACACCUGCACGCAAGGCACAAGGUGUUUUCACUUGUGUGACAGUUUCACGAAUCUUUCUCCAGCAAGCACCAUUUGUUGGAACUCUGGCAGUAUAUGGAGAAAGGGUUUCACUGAGUGUGUUUGGGCUCUAUACUUUCUUAGCAGGAAUUUCUGCUUUGACACAGACUAUGACGACUGAAGAAAUCGAGAAAGUUGGAAGAGGGAAAAACAGUUACGAGUUGGGUAGUUCCACACAUCAGAUGAAGGAUGAUGGAUAUCAUGAUGUGUAAUACCUCACUUCCGCAACUAGUGGCAUUGUGUUACACAGUUAAUUUUCUAAAGAGUGAACUAAAAAUGAUGAUCAGCAAAUGCAAGAAAAGUGCACUGAAUGGACAGGAUACUGAUGCAGCCAACUGACUGAGGGAUUGAUGAAGUUGCUGACUGAAAGUGGUGCAAAUGAUUUUUGCAAGUCAGAUUAUCUAGUCGCCUUAACAGUAUUUGCAGACACUGACAACUGGAAGAAAUGGAACAAAUCUUAGACCAUAGGAUAAUUUCACAUAAUAAAUCUAUUUAUUUACUGAA